AACCUUGGACACUAUUCAGGGCCGGUCGGUGGUAUUCUAAAAAAUUUGCCGUCACUGCCAGUCUCCUUUUCUUUCUUCCUCCUAGCUCUCUACAAGCAGCAGAAAUCCAGUAAAAGGAUGCCUCGUUUUAAGCGGAAGGGCUCUGGUGUCUCUAGGAUCGAGCCACUCUCCCACGACCAUUUUGCCUUCAGGAAGAGUGUAUUCCAUGGCUUUCCUAUGUCACCGUCUGCCAUUAACUUUGAUGAUGAAAGUCAACUGCUAGCCAUUGGGACUGAAACCGGAGAACUGAGAAUCUAUGGUCAACCAGGUGUGGAAUUUGCUGGUCGCACCAGUUCAGAGAAGACCAUAACCAAAAUAUUCUCCUUUGGCUCACUGUAUCAAUAUCUGACAGUUCAGGAUGACAACUCUCUCCUUUUGUGGCAGCUGGAAGGGGAAAGUGGUCUACCAGCACUGAAGAUUGCAAAUGAAUUUGUCAUGGAAAGAGACGAAGGAAAGACCAUAACGUCUGCUUGUCUGUCUAAGUUAGCCGGACACUUUUACAUUGGAACGGAGAGUGGUAAUGUGUAUGUUCUUGAUGUAAGGCUCUUCAUGGUCAAGGAUGAUUCCAUCAAUUGGGCCAAUGCAACAGCACUUAUUCAAAAGUCCACUCAGACUCACCCUGGAUCAGUUACGUCCAUUGAGCUCUCCCCAGCGAACCACAACAAGCUGUUGAUUGGAUAUGAGAAAGGAAUCAUCGUCCUCUGGGAUGUCACCCAACCUCUACCCGAGAGAAACUUUCCUACUACAAUGGAGGAGAUAAAACAACCAUUAACAUCAUUGUCGUGGCAAAGAGAAGGGAAGAAGUUCAUGUCUGCUCAUAAAGACUCCAGUCUUUAUUAUUGGAAUAUUAACUCAUCCACCCCAGAAGAAGGACCCACCAAACAAUAUGGUGAAGUAUGUGAGCCUAUUGAUCGCAUUAAGUGGCUUAAUUCGACUAGCAAUCCUCUUGACAUAUUCUCUGGUGGCUUGCCCUCUGAGGAUAAAGAUGAGCACAAUAUAGUCACGGUCAUUCAAGGAACGGAGCACGUUGCUUUAGACUUCUCUUCAAGAGUCAUUGAUUUUGUCACAAUCACAGAUCCUGAUACUAAGAGAGGGAAGGCAUUGAUUGUUCUUUGUCAACAGGAAUUGCUAGCUUUUGAUCUAGAGGCACCAAAAUGUCCUAUGAUUAAAAAACCAUACUUGCACAGUAUCCAUUCUUCUCCUGUAACCUGUCUUAAAGCAUUUGACAAUUGUCCCAAAGACAUUUUGAGUGUAUUUGAAGCAGCUUCUGAGGCCAAUGCUAAUUCUUCUACCAACAAUACUUAUAUCAGCGCAAUGGCGUGGCCAGUCAAUGGAGGGUUUGUACGCGUGUCUGAUCCGCCUACGCUAGACCUACUGGUUACUGGUCAUGCAAGUGGUUCUAUCAAGUUUUGGAACACGACGAGUUCUGCCAUGGAUCUCAUCUAUGAACUCAAGACCUCCUCCAUCUUUCAGAACUCUGAUGGUGAGGAAUUUGACGAGGCUGCCUUCUCUGAGUUCCAGUGGCCUCCGUAUCGAAAGGUUUCAUCGUACGAUCCUUACGACGACGAUACUCGACUUUCCAUCCGAUUUAUCGACUUUUGUCCGUAUUCUCUCAAACUUUGCAUCGGAGGAGAAGGAGGCCAGGCACUCACUUUUGCUUUCAAUCCCGAGCCAGCUGAAGUCAGAGUUGAGCACAUUGUUGCUGAUAUAUUUAUCGAGGAAGUGAGGACUAGAGGUAGAGGAGGUGGGCUCAGGAACAAUGCUCCUCUUGAGUGUAAAAGUGAUUUCAUACAACUACCUGCCGGUUUCCAACCCUCACUAUGUCUCCAGUGUAUGCCAGCCAUGCCUGUUACUGCAUUAGCUUUCAGGCCCAGCUAUGGACUUGUUGCCGUCGCUAAUAACAAAGGAUUUGUUGUCGCUAAUUUCUUUACAAAGUGUAUCGUCCUGGUUCAUCCAACAGUCCUUUCUGACGGGGUUGAGGCGAGGAACAUCAGUCGAGUUCAGUCCAUGAGACGUUCUCUUCGUAGCUCCCUCCGCCGUCGCUCAAGCACUGCCAUAGCCGAGGAAAGACGCAAGAUUGUAGCCUCUUUUAAUUUGGAGUCCGGCAUCGAGGAGAAGAGACCAAGCUCGGCCAGGUCCCCACUGAAGGACAGGCGGACCCAGUCGGUUGAUGGACAGAUAUUCUUAGACUCUGGUGGCCCUGUGGUUCAAGUAGCAAUACCUCCUGAGCAGAGAGGGGUCGUCUGUCAUCUAUUGUUUUCUGAGACUCAUAUCUCAGGCGGUGGCCCUCAUGUAAGUGUCAUAGCGUCUACAAUGGGUUCUUCACUCAUUCGAUACACCAUUGAAGUGCCGACAAAAGACAUGAAAUACACUGGACCCAAUAGAGCAUUUCCUGCAGGCAAGGAUUAUGGUCUGGUGCAUGCUGCUCCCAUAGUUGGUCUGUUUGUUCUUGAUCAUGACAUGCAACCGGUUCCUUCUCCGUCUGAAAUUGAAGCAAAGGCUGCACCAAGCCCCAACAUGGAGCCACCGCACUAUCUCGUAAUAGUAACACAAGAGCAAAUAAAAAUCAUAUCGCUGCCUAACAUGAGGUCAAAACGCAAAGAGAAAGUGAACAAUUUAAUUCAUGAGAGAAUAAGCAAGGCUUGGAUGAUUAAAGCUAAAGUAGCUGCUGCUCCAAUUGGUGCCAGCAGAGAUUGGAACAAUGCACUGGUUGUCAUGACAACCAUAGGACACAUUCUUGUGUAUUCUCUCCCUGACAUUAAAAUAAUGUACCACAAGGAACUCUAUGUGUUGCCUUCUGAUCAAAAAGCAAUGCAGAGCUUGAUAGUUUCUUCAAAUGCUGAAUCGUUUCAUUUGAGAUCAUUCUCAGAGUUAGAGAGACAACUCCUCUGCUCUUAUAACUUUUCAUACCAUACAAGUCUUCAGCCUAACUUACACUCAUUUGAAGGUGCUACUGGUCAAGCUACACAACGUCCUCAAUCACGACAACAAAAGCCUCCUGAGCUAUCAUCAGCUCCAGGUCGUACCAGUUCCUCCACUAACAGUACUCCGGCACGAGAGACGUCAACCAGUAAACCAAACUCAAUGAGAUUCAGAAGUUCAGCACAAAGUGAAACGUCAUUAAAUACUGGUACAUCGGUUAGGAGUAGGUCACUUUCACCAGGUGCUAGUAUGGAAUUGGCUAAGAAGAAGUCAGCUGACCAGCCAAUAGCUAACGGGAUAGACAAUGAACUAGAGCCCCACCCUCCUGUCAUACCUGAAGUGACUCCUGUAGCAAAGGACGUCAUGGCCAGUGCAGCUGCCUUUACUCAAAUAUAUGACAGUAAGCAUCAGGGAUCCUCUUCGAGCUCCUCUAGUGAUUCUGAGUCUGAGAGUGAAAGCGAUGAUGACGAUGACGAUGAUGAUGUAGAUGAGAUGGUUGGAGGAGGAGGUGGAACGUUUUUUAAUCCUUUACUAAUGGACGAUGAGAAUGAAGGAGGUGCUUCACAGGAGUUAGAUACCAUAAUAGCUUCAUCUCUCCAGCAGUUAGAGAGUGCCAGGUCAUUCUACGAGAGAAUGCAAAAGCAAGCAAGAGGCUCUGAAACUUGAGAUUUCAGCCGUUUUUAUGAUCAGACAUUUAAUCUAAAUUUUAAAUCACCGCUCUCUGCUUUUCAUAUUGAUCCUUGACAGUUUAGUUGAUUAUUAUUAUUAUUAUUAUUAUUAUUAUUAUUAAUUGUUGUUUUUGUUUUUGUUGUUGUUGUGGUUAUAUCAUAUAUAAUUAUUAUUAUUAAUAUAGUGUAAUUUUUAAGUAAUAAUAUUCACAAUAGU